CCAGCACGCGCCCCGACUUCCAGAAGCAGCGCUUGUUUUGCUUUCGGUCUGAAUGCAGAAACAGAAAUAAACCACCGACACCAUCUCUGUUUUUUUUUUUUUUUUGCAUUUUUAAGCCCUCCGGCUGCCCGACUCCCGCGGACAGAGCGACUUCCACCCGACAGCGGCGCUGAGGAGCCCCAGGCCAGCCGAGCUGACCAGAUCGCAAUGCCAGUAGAGAGGAUGAGGAUGAGGCCCUGGUUGGAGGAACAGAUUAAUUCUUGUCAGAUCCCAGGACUGAAAUGGGUUAACAAAGAGAAGAGAAUCUUCCAGAUCCCCUGGAUGCACGCGGCGCGUCACGGCUGGGACCUGGAGAAAGACGCUCCGCUCUUCAUGAGAUGGGCCAUUCACACCGGUAAAUACCAGCCUGGUGUGGACCGACCCGAUCCCAAGACGUGGAAGGCUAAUUUCCGCUGUGCCAUGAACAGCCUGCCUGACAUCGAGGAGGUGAAGGACAAGAGCAUCAAGAAAGGAACCAACGCCUUCAGAGUUUAUAAGAUGCUCUCCUCCUCCGAGAGGAGCUUGAAGAAAGGAAAGAAGAAGGCAGAUAAGGAAGGGAAGGCAAAGGCAAGUAAAGAGGGAGCUUCUCUGUCUCCAAACACGACUUUUUCUGAAGGCUUUGCCGGACCCAUCGACUGCUCCAGGCAGGCCAGGCUUAAAGAGGAGGCUCUGGAGCUCACAGUGACCAACAGUGCAUCAGCCAUGGCCGCUUCUGCCGGGGAGCAGCUGAUCCAAAGCGAGCAGCUGCCGGACGUGUGCCAGACCAUCGAGGUGACAACGGAGAACGAGGAGCAGACCGUCAGCUCCUCCCACUCCUACCCGCUGCAGAUCUCUCCUGUAUCUUCGUGCGGCAGCGACACAGAGAGCGACACAGAAGACAACAAAGAGGCCGUGGGUCUGACGUGGAAGCGGGAGUACCCGUCGGUUCUGCGCGUCCCGCCGUGUUCCCUCCCCAGCAUGGCCACCUUCGUCAGCCCCAGCAUGUCCAACUUCAGGGUCACCAGCCUGAAGGACCCUGCGCCGCUCAUCAGCUACCACAUCGACGGCUGGACGCCCGCCUACAGCCAAAACUCUCACGCGUCCUCGCCCAGCGCCAGUCCCAGCGAGGUGCGCGCCAGCGUCAUCAGGAAGACCUCUGACGUCACGUCGUCCUGACCUCCGACCCCCCAGACUAGGAGGCGCGGCGGCUUCUAUGGGGUCGGGGGCUGACCUCCACGGUUUGCUUCAACAUCUCUGCGGAUCUCCGGUUCCCCUUCUUUAACGGACCGGCGCUCCGCCGGCCGCCAUUAAGGGGGCGGUGUGACGGCUCUGCAGACCGUCCUGUGUGAGGCGGACGGAAGGGACAGACCCGCGUCCUCCAUGUGUGGCUGCUGCAGAGGUUCUCCUUUCACCAAAGAUUUGAAUCCCGUCCGUUAUUUGUGACGCAGGCGGUUGGGAAUCACCUCCCGUGGUUUCAAACCGCCUAACCCAUCCAACCAAAGCCCAGGACUUCAACUACUGAGUUAGACGCUCUGCUGGGGACACAUGGAACCAGUGGCAAAGGUCUAUUUAUAUUCUCACUCUGCGGACACUGGACCAUGCAUCGCCGCAGCGGGGUGGGGGGGCUAACGGACCGCCGCCAGGCCUCUGCCAUGUACAUAGAUCUAUAGUGUGGGUUUGAUUGCUUCAGCACCUUACAGACAGCACAGAGACAGAGAGAGGCGGGGAGCACAGCUCUGCUGCAGAAACGUGCCUUUUUGUUCAGACGAGGCGCAGCCCGGCGGGAAAUCAGCAACAAUCCACAGACUCAGAGUGUCUGAGGGUUUGAAAAAAAUACUUUUCUAAUCCUGAAGACGGGCGGACGAACGUUUGAUGGCCUUUUAUCGUCUCAUUGAGCUCAUUUAAAUCAGCCUCUGUUGCCUCGGAGCCAAACUGGUUUAGGAUCAUGUUUAUACUGCUAAAGGUGUCCAUCAAGUCUUUUUUUUUUUUUUUUUACUCAUUUUGAGAUUGAUAAACUAAGCAAUAGCAGAUUCUGUGAGAUUAUUAAUGUUGCUUUAUAGAAAAUUCUAAUCAGAAUAAGAGAAACUGUCUGUCAGAGCAGGAGGACGACGUCUUUGAGUUUUUGUGUGGAUCUAAGAUCGAACCGUCUGAUAUUUACUGGUUUAAAACUGAUCUAAAAUCUGUUUAUUUUCCCUUCAUUUGAGCAGCUAAAUAACCGGACUAGCCGAUAGAAAAAGUGUUUACACCCUUAAAAUAAGAGGAUUUGUUUUCAAUAAUCCCCAUUCUUAAAAAAAAAUCUUAAAAAGAUCUUGGCGUCUAAUAGAACCUGAGAAAAAUGACAUGAAAUUAAGCAAAUAAUAUAAAUAAAAUAAAGUGUAUAUAUAGAGAUGAAAUUAAAGGGAUUCUUAUUAAAUUACUAUUUAAAAUUAGCUCUUUUAUUAUUGCUUAGGCAGUUAUUCAGUUUAUCAAUGUUUUUUCUUAGACUUGUUUGAAGGAGGGCAUUUAUUCCCUCUGCGUGUUUAACAGAACGGGUUAAAAUGAUGUUAUUAACUAGUAAUAUGUUUGGAUUAUCUUUCUUUGCCAUAUUAACUUUAGAGACAUAAGAGUUAAAAUCUAUAUUUCUAGGUCGACACAUUCUAUUAAUCUGACAGCUGAAGAACAGGGUUCUGUUUAGGGCUAAAACAGUUAAUUGGAUUGAUUAUUGAAAUAAUCGUAAACUAAGUGAUCGAUUAAUCGUUAACUGGAGUAUAAAGACUCUAAAACAUGCGUUAAGCUUACGGAGCAACCCUCUUAAAGCAGUAAUUAUGUCAAAAUUGUAAAAAAAAAAAAAACAUUUAGCAUUUAAGAAACUUUUUGUCAAUCUGCUUUGUCUGUCAAACAUUUUUGUUUCACCUGAUUUAUUUACAUAAAAUUAACCUUUUUGCUAUCUGAUUAUUAACUGUUUGAUCAAAAAACAGAUUAAUCGAUUUGCAAAAUAAUUGUUAGUUGCCGCCUUAAUCAGGUAAUAAUUACCUGUUAAUCAGAUCGAAUCUUCUUGCCUGCUCAAAACAAGGGAAAAUAAAUUUAAUCCAAGGAAAUCUGAUGUAUGUUUCAUUUUUUGAAGCGUUUCAGACAUGCUGCUUGUAGUUUUCCUCCUUAAAUCUGCUCUUCAGUGGCGUAGCCGUCAGAGGGGCGGAUCUUUCCUUUAGAGAGAGAAGUCAGUCAAUCAGUCAGCUUUCAGCCAGCUGACCGGCAGCACCCAGCCAGUUCAGACUGACGGCUCAGGCUGGCUUCAAGCUAGCUUAGCUGUAGCCGGAGUGGCUCCUGCUGCAGGAUCUGAGUUUGUCCAGGAAAGAAAGUUGCUGUCGUGCCUUUUAUAGAAAAAACCAACUAGAUAUGUUUUAUCAAACCCAGGGUCUCAGUUCUAUCUGCACACAUCCGCCAGCUUCAUCUUUGCCUCCAACAAAGAAAGGAGAUCUCAGGGGUGGUUGGUGGCCGUUCUGAGAGCCGCAGCGGCUAGAAGCUAGCAGGCUAAAGCAGAGAGGGCCGAGCUGCACAGGAAGCCAGCGGGGCCCCUGGGAGCCUGCAGGGCUUUGGGAACAAACCCCUCCAGAGUGAAACACUGGAUUCACACAAACCUUUGCUGUGAUUUUUACUUCAGGACUCGUGGAUCUAAGGGGCUUUUUGCUUGCUUUACCUUUCAAACACGUGCCUUUAUUGUUGCUCUGAGAGACCAGGCUGCAGCUGCAUGGGAGUCCGGCGCUGCAGCUCGUCUGUGAUAUUUAUAACUUAACCCAUCAGAUUAUAUGGACCAGAGUCGCUGCUUUGACUAGAGUGAACGCUUUAUAGGAUCAGCUGAAACGCUGAAUGUGCCAAACUGCACGAGGUGUUUCCUGUCGUAUAAAACAGGAACAAGAAGAGGGACGAGUCGAUGCCUUAAAGAAGCCUAACGGUGACAUCCGUCCUAAAAUCUGCUAAUGAUGGAUUAGACUCAGCAGUGGAAGCUGAUCAAAGAUCUGUCUGUCUGUUUUUUUGUGAUUUAGAGCCAUGGAAUUAGGAAAAAGUUUCCCUCUUCAUGUUCAGCUGCAAACUCUAAAGGACUGAGUAUUUAGCUGAAACCCAGUAGAACCAUCAUGGGUCUGCGUCUCAUCACGUCUGUCUGUACAUUCUGAAAUCUACAUGUGAAUCAACAUCUUAAAUGAAAUAAAGUCCUGUUUUUUUAUUAUUUGCCCCGU